AUCCAUCAGUUGAAACCCUGAAAAAAGAAGAUGAUGGUGUUGAAGGCAUCAUUCGAUCAACGACGACAUUUUGAGGCAGCAACAGAAGAGAGGCUUGCAUCAUCAUCAACCACCAGAAACACCUCGACGACGAAGACAACUUUGACGACGGUUUUAGGGUGGAGUUUCGGUUUGAAAGCAUUAGCAGUGAUGGUGUUGUUCACGCUGUUUCUGGUGGUUCUCCCGCUGGUACUGCCACCACUGCCGCCACCUCCACCGUUGCUCCUCUUCGUGCCGGUGUUGAUCAUGUCGGUACUACUUCUCUUGGCCUUCGCACCGUCGAAACUACCACCGGACGCCGUGGUUUAUUGCUGUUGAAAGCAUGCAAUGAAUGUGGGCAGUGGUAGCUGGCAAGUAGUAGUCUUUAAAAGCAAAGUUUGAAAAAUUUUGGGUUCUUUUGUUGGUCAUCUAUACAUACAUUCUAUGUAUCUAUCCAUCUUUCUUUUUCAUCUGAAUUAAUGGGAU